AAGUUCGAGAUAUCCGGACUUCUCCAUCUGCUAUGUUCAUACGAACGCCCACGACCUUCCCAGAAGUCCUCGAGCUUUCCCACACUAAAUGUUCUGCUGCAUUGUUGAGGUACCGUGUUAGCUGGCCUAUCAGCACUUUCCUGAUAAUGAAAAAUAUAGCCUGACCUCGAGACACAUUUAAGCAAAGCCUCCAUAUAUAGCGCGUUCUCGCACUCGGAGCGAAACACUUUCGUUCACCCUUUCGGAUCCCACCGUCAGAUAAGAUGAAGUGGCUGACGCUUUUAGCCUUGAUGACCCACUGCUGCGUGGCACUCUCCGAAACCUCCGAGAACAAGAAGGUCAUCUGCUACUGGAACAGCUGGUCCUUCUACCGGAAGGGCCACGGCAAGAGCACGCCGCAGCAACUGGACAUUGCGCCGUGCACGCACAUGGUCUACAACACAGCCAUCAUUGACGGGUCCAAAGUUGUCGUUGCCGACCCUUGGAACGAUCUCGCUGUCAACGGGGGAAAUGGUAACCUCAAGCAGUUUGCCAAUCUAGUCAAGAAGAAGGAAGGCCUCAAGGUACUCGCUGCCGUAAUUCAAAAGCAUGGGUUUGCGUUCAGCACAGCAGCGGGCUUCGAGGACGAGCGGAAGACGUUCGUGAAAAGCGCGCUCAAGUUCUGCAAGUCGCACAAGCUGAACGGUCUGGUCCUCUCCUGGAACGACCCCGGUGCACAAGACAAGGAAAACUUCGUGCAGCUGCUCAAGGAAAUGAAGGAAGCCUUUGACAAAGCCGACCUAUCGUUGGGAGCGCAGCUCAGCGUUAUUAAAGCAGUCAUGACAGAUGGCUACAACUUGGCCGAAAUCUCAAAGUACGUUGAUUUCAUGACAGCCACUACCUUCGACUACUGGGGUCCUUGGUCGGGAAAGACAGGUCCGGUGGCGCCCCUCUACGGCGUUUCUGACGACUACAAGACACCCAGCGUGGCAGAGAGCGUAAAGACGCUCCUGGACCUGGGUGCGGAUUCCACGAAGCUCGUCCUGGGUAUCACGACCCUCGCUCGUUCCUGGACCCUCGAGGACCCGCAGGACACGGACUUCGGGUCCUCCUCCAGACAGCCCGGAAAGCCGGGACCGUAUACACAGACUCCUGGGGCCUUGGGCUACAACGAGGUCUGCGAAUUCAUGAGAGCGAAGAAGUGGACCGUUAACUACAACACGGACCUCAAGGAAUCGUAUGCUACAGACAACAAGAGCUGGGUCAGUUUUGAAGAUGCUGAAAGCGUGAAAGAAAAGGCUGUUUUUGCAAAAUCCAAGAACCUCGGUGGCGUCGCCAUCAUGUCACUCGACACGGACGACAUUUCCGGAAAGUGCGGAGAGCCCUAUCCACUUCUCAGAGCCGCCUCGAAGGAAUUCAUGUCUCAAUAAAUGCAAUUAGACUCUUUAUGAAAAUAAGAUAAUGUGUAUAUGAAAUAAACAAUCAAGGUAUUUCACAAUGUGUUUUCACCUG